GAAGCAAAGUUCAACUCAACACGGUCUUCCAAAGACAUCACCACUUUCACCAAGAUCCUGGACAGUCUCCUGGAUGGAUAUGACAACCGCCUGAGACCCGGGCUAGGAGAUCGAGUGACUGAGGUGAAGACUGACAUCUAUGUGACCAGUUUUGGCCCAGUGUCCGACACAGACAUGGAGUACACAGUGGACGUAUUCUUUCGCCAGAGUUGGAAAGACGAGCGACUCAAGUUCCACGGACCAAUGAACAUCCUCCCUCUGAACAACCUGAUGGCCAGCAAGAUCUGGACCCCAGACACCUUCUUCCACAACGGCAAGAAGUCUGUGGCCCACAACAUGACCAUGCCCAACAAGCUGCUGCGCAUCAUGGAGGACGGGACUCUGCUCUACACCAUGAGGCUGACCGUUCAAGCCGAGUGUCCCAUGCACCUGGAGGACUUCCCAAUGGACUCCCACUCCUGCCCUCUGAAAUUUGGAAGCUAUGCCUACACCAAAACAGAAGUGACGUACAUCUGGUCCCGAAAUGCCACCGAGUCCGUGGAGGUGGCCGCGGACGGAUCCAGGCUGAACCAGUAUGACCUGGUGGGGCAGACAGUGGGCAAAGAGACCAUCAAGUCCAGCACCGGGGAAUACACAGUGAUGACAGCACACUUCCACCUGAAGAGGAAAAUUGGCUAUUUUGUGAUUCAGACGUAUUUGCCCUGUAUCAUGACAGUCAUCCUGUCACAGGUUUCCUUUUGGCUCAACAGGGAGUCUGUCCCUGCUAGAACUGUGUUUGGAGUGACUACAGUCCUCACCAUGACCACUCUGAGCAUCAGCGCCCGUAACUCUCUUCCUAAAGUGGCCUAUGCUACAGCCAUGGACUGGUUCAUCGCUGUGUGCUACGCCUUCGUCUUCUCUGCGCUCAUUGAGUUUGCCACAGUCAACUACUUCACCAAGCGAGGAUGGGCCUGGGACGGCAAGACUGUGGUGGAGGACAAGAGAAAAGAGAUGUCUAUUAUCAAAAAGAACAACGCGUACGCUGUGGCCGUGGCUAACUACUACCCGAGCCUGACCAAGGACUCCCCCAUCCCCACCAUCUCCAAGUGCGCUCCCAUUGACCCCAGCAAGAGCCCGGCCAUAACCAUCACUAAGAGUGACCAAUCCAAGAAGACCUUCAACAGUGUCAGCAAGAUCGACCGCCUGUCCCGCAUUAUGUUCCCCGUGCUCUUCGGCAGUUUUAAUUUGGUUUACUGGGCCACCUACCUUAACCGAGAACUGGUGAUCAAAGAUAUGGAGACAUUUAGUUGAGGCAUUCUGCAGCCGGUAACACAAAAGUCACCACUGCCUCUGAAAAAGGGUUCAAUCCAUUACACAAGAUGAUCAUGGUUAGGGUUACUGAGGUAAAUUCAAUCAAGGAGACUGUAAUUGCUCAUGUCACCUGCCUGUCACUGUCAGCCAAUCACAGACUGCGAUCUUGAGCAUUGACCCAUCAUCUCAGAGCCACUCUCUGAACUCUCCUCCAUCUUGGAAACUGAGCUACAGUAUGUCGCACACAUUCUCCUCAACCCAUUUCUCCAUCACAGCAGCAGAACGGUCAGCCUCCUCAUCCUCUCCAUACAUCAAACAGUUUUUAUCCAGUUUUACAUAUAAUAUAAUGAAACUUAAAGCUGCUAUGUGGCCCAAAGUUAUUCCUCAGUUAACUUAUGCUUCACGAAUAUUCGAAUAAUUCACUUUUGUAAGUUUGUAAGUGCUUUUCCUAGCUCUCAAACACCAGACACACUUUAUAAUUAGAUGCAGACAGCACACAGCAAACUUAUUUGGACCAUGAGAGCUGCUUAUACAAUAGAUCUGUACUGGGAUAAUACAAAAUUUGCUCAAAUAUAUGUGAAAAAAUUCUAAGCAUUCAGAAUACAGUACUCUGAUUGGACCAUAUAACA